GAAAAUUUCACAUACAUGAGAUGAGAGGAUUAUCCUAAAGAGUACAUAGUUAAUUAAAAAUAAGACUAGAUUAGAAUUAUCCAUUACAACUUUGAUUAUACUCUAAAUUCUCUCUACCCAGCCCUCUGUCUCUCUAGAAUCUUCUUGAAUCGAGUGGGCACACGAAACAAACAAAAUACGAUCUGGUCAACGCGAGCGAACGAGCUCCAGUGUUCUCCCCUCCCCUCCCCUCAUGUUUGUUUCUCGAGAAAAUUUCUAAGACCCUCAUCACUGUUUUCUUUUCUCACCAUGGAGGAAGUUCAAGACGACUCUCAAACCCAAUCAUCAACCGGUCAAGAAAAUGGGGAUGAUGAAGUGAUCACUGAAACUUCUGCUUUUGUUAAAGGGGAACCCUCACAACAACUAGAAUUGAGUAGCCCCCCAAAAGUUGAUUCUGAACUUGUGGUUCUUCAUGACAAGGUCACCAAACAACUCAUUAAGGAAGGCCAUGGUCAGAAGCCUUCUAAGUAUUCAACUUGCUUCAUUCAUUACAGGGCGUGGUCUGAGAGCGCGCAGCACAAGUUUGAAGACACAUGGCUGGAGCAACGACCGACUGAGAUGAUAUUAGGAAAAGAGAAGAAAGAAAUGACUGGCUUGGGCAUUGGUGUGGCAAGCAUGAAAGCUGGGGAGCGGGCGUUGCUGCGUGUGGGCUGGGAAUUAGGAUAUGGAAAAGAAGGAAGCUUUUCUUUUCCAAAUGUUCCACCCAUGGCAGAUAUAGUUUAUGAAGUUGAGCUCAUUGGCUUUGAUGAAACAAAAGAAGGAAAAGCUCGCAGUGAUAUGACUGUAGAGGAAAGGAUUGGUGCAGCAGAUCGGAGAAAGAUGGAUGGAAAUGCUCUGUUUCAGGAAAAUAAACUAGAGGAGGCUAUGCAACAGUAUGAAAUGGCCAUUGCUUAUAUGGGAGAUGAUUUCAUGUUCCAGUUGUUUGGGAAGUAUAGAGAUAUGGCUCUGGCUGUAAAGAAUCCAUGCCACCUUAACAUGGCCGCCUGUUUUAUUAAGCUGAAUCGCUAUGAAGAAGCUAUAGGACACUGCAGCAUUGUUCUAGGUGAGGACGAGAACAAUGUGAAAGCAUUAUUUAGGCGAGGUAAGGCUAGAGCAGCACUUGGGCAAACAGAUGCUGCCAGGGAAGAUUAUCUAAAAGCGCGAAAGUAUGCCCCUGAAGAUAAAGCAAUUGCAAGAGAAUUAAGGUUGCUUGCUGAACAUGACAAGGCUGUUUACCAAAAGCAGAAAGAGAUCUAUAAAGGAAUAUUUGGACCAAGGCCUCAACCAGUACCUAAGAGAAAGAAUUGGCUCAUACUUAUUUGGCAGUGGUUUCUAUCACUAUUCUAUGGCCUGAUCACACUCUUCAAACGUGAAAGAUACAAAUCUGAUUAAUUAAACUUUUGAAGGAGAAGACUAUGUUGACAAUUGUUUACAUGCAUCCUGUGAAAGGCCACUUCUUCUGCUACUGAGGAGUAAUCGUACUAUGUCUCUUGGAUAAUGGAACAAUAUGUUUGAAAAGCAAUUUCACUCCUUUUUAGAUGUUUGACAAUACUAUCUACCUGAUGCUAAACAGUUUGAUAGUUUUGUCUAGAACCAUUUUGUUGUUUAAUUUAAAGUGUUCUAGUUAUGCUGCAAAAUGAGAAUACUGUGUUAUUACUUAUUAGUUUGUGUAGAACGACAUGGUUUAAUUGAGGCUAAUUAAUGGGAAAUGGAAAAUUCUGCU